AUGGAUCAACUCGCAGUCGAGCUGCUGACCGAAAUCUUCACUAUGGCAUGCACGGACGGUGGACAGGCCACAGCACGCUCGCUAUCCCUCGUCUGCAAGCAGUACAACGCCGUAGCGCUCCCACUCCGUUUCCACUCAAUCCGCCUUGGGGCCGACGCCACCCGUAUCAUGCCACUCCUGGCCGCUCUAGAGCAGGAACACGCUAUUCACGACCCCGCACACGCCCCCAAAGUGCGACAUAUCCGCCUGGUCGACAUGGCACGGCUGUGGCAGAAGGGAGUACGGGGACGAAACUCCCUUUACCAUGCGGAAAUAGCCAAACCUUGGUUUGCACUACUAUCCUCAAUACUCCGCCUCGCCGCACCGCACCUCGAGACACUGGCGGUCUGUGGGUACUAUCUGGCGCAGCUUAUGCCGGCAGUGGAAUUCCCCGCUUUGCGCGAGCUGUACUGUGUUGCGGGCCCGAAACACUUCAGCUCCGUCGCGAAAGGCAUCGAACCGGGGGUGAGGCUCUAUCCCGCGCUGGAGCGACUGCACCAUGUAGGAGACUUCAACUCGGAUGUGGAGGGGUGGGCACAUCACGCCCCUAAUGUGACGCACCUCUACGUGUCGCAAAUCUCCACUAAAGCUGGUGCAUACAUUUUGGCAAAGGUCAAUGGUAAGGCUUUUGGUUCAGGGAGUAAUACUAUGAUCAUUCGGCUCUUGCUGAUCGCUGUCUUCAUCCAGGCGCACCUUCUUGGGCUACCAGGAACUCAAAAGGACCGCGCGGCUCAAGGAACUUGGAACAAUUCAAUGGUAGGUCUGCAGCUCAUGCCAGUGUACCGAGUCAUGUUGAGUCUGAGUAAACAACCGAAUAGGAACACACCACUCUCCGACGGAUAG